AUUGUAAUUGAGACUAUGCCAGUUUUUGCUAAAACUUGAAUACAAAAUUUGAAGAAAAAAUGUUUCUCUCUUCUUGGAUUGUUUAUCUCAUAAAGACUAGAAUCUUGUUCAUGGUCAAUGAUGGAAAUGAUGAUAAGGCAGAUCUGGCGAAUCCUGAAAACUAUAAACUUGAGAAUACGGUCAACAUAUACUUCAAGGGUUACAAGGAUAUGAAUGAAAGAAUAGGAGGAUGGUUUAUAAGCCCAGAAAAGGCUGAUUAUCAGUUUUGCAAAAAAGACUCUUGUCCAGACAACAUUUUCAAGUCACCGAAACUUAGUAAAGAAGACACUGUAUUUUUAUUGCUUCAUGGAAAUGCUAAGAACCGAGGUGCCUCGCAUAGGAUAGCAGCAUACAAAACCUUUCAGAGAUUAGGGUUUUAUACUCUGACCAUUGAUUACAGGGAACUAAGAGAAAAUCUGGGAGAUGAUUUUAAAUUGGUUUUGUAUGGGCACUCCAUGGGAUCUGGGAUAGCAACUCAUGCAACAGUUUUGGGACAAGAGGAAGGCCUGCGAAUAGAUGGUGUUCUUCUAGAUUCUCCCUUUCACUCUAUUGGAUGGACCCUAAACAGAUCUAGAAUUGCAACUUUUAUUGAGUCCAUAUUGGGAGUUGAGUCCAUGCUGGCCGAAUAUGAUAUUCUGUUCAACUCCAUUAAUUGGGUCAAACAAAUCAGGGUUCCAGUUCGAAUCCUUCAUGCUGAAGUUGAUCAAGUUGUACCAAUAGGACAAUCUGUGUCCCUUGUUGAGGACUCUAAACAACAUGGAAAGCUUGAUAUUGAUCUUGUCAGAUUUGAUGAGGAGGGUCUAGGCCAUAUUGGAAUAUCAACUACUCGCGGAUUUAUCAAACAAAUUCAAGAUUUUGCAGACAUCUGCUAAAUUCAGGAUUUUGCAGAUAUUUGCUAAUUAUUCAUCAUUUUGUAGAUAUCUGCUAAAUUCAAGAUUUUGCAGAUAUCUGCUAAAUUCAAGAUUUUACAGAUAUUUGCUAAAUUCAAGAUUUUGCAGAUAUCUGCUAAAUUCAUCAUUUUGCAGAUAUAUGCUAAAUUCAAGAUAUUGCAUAUAUCUGCUAAAUUCAAGAUUUUAGAUUCACCAUUUUACAGAUAUCUGCUAAAAAUUCAAGAUUUUGCAGAUAUCUGCUAAAUUCAUCAUUUUGCAGAUAUCUGCUAAAUUCAAGAUUUUGCAGAUAUCUGCUAAAUUCAAGAUUUUCCAGAUAUCUACCAAAUUCAAGAUUUUGCAGAUAUCUGCAAAAUUCAAGAUUUUGCAUAUAUCUGCUAAAUUCAUCAUUGUGCAGAUAUCAGCUAAAUUCAUCAUUUUGCAGAUAUCUGCUAAAUUCAUCAUUGUGCAAAUAUCUGCUAAAUUCAUCAUUUUGCAGAUAUCUGCUAAGUUCAAAAUUUUGCAGACAUCUGCUAAAUUCAACUUUUUGCUGAUAACUGCAAAAUUUAAAUUUUGCGGACAUCUGCUUAGUUUUUCUUGUCAGGGCAAUACUGGCCAUUUUAAGUUAACGUACUGCAGGGUGUCCCAUUGAACAUGGGAAUUGAGAGUCGACUUGAAAGUCGUCUUUGAUUUCUGAUAUUUAAUGCAUGGCAAAGAAAGUAAAAAACCGAGACUGCACGUCUGACGAGAUUUUCAGAAAGUGGUCUGCACCUUUCUUACAUCUUAAAAAUUGACGAAAAUAUAUUAAGAAAAUUUUGAUUCAUUAAAUAAAUUGUAAUUUGUUUAAUUUUUCAAGAUAUAACGAAAAUUACUGAACGAAAUUGUCAAAGUUCUUGCUGUGAUUUAUGCCUACAAAGCUAUAUAUAUAAAUAAAUUAAAUUUAAAAAAAUAA